GUAACACAUAGUAACCGGCAGUGCACGACAUCCGGUAAUUAGUUGUGGUCUGUGUAUAGCUUGGCUGCUCCUUGUUUUGUUCCUACUUGUGUAGAUUUAGUUCAGCUAUUUUAUUUUCUACGGGAUCCAGCGGGAACAAUUGUGACAAACAAAGAUGGUGCUUGAUUUGGAUUUAUUCCGUACAGACAAAGGCGGAGACCCCGAGCUUAUACGGCAGACCCAAGCAAAUAGAUUCAAGGACGUGUCUCUGGUGGACAGACUGAUAGAAGCAGACGGGGAAUGGCGGAAAUGUCGAUUUCGUGUGGACAACUUCAACAAACUCAAGAACCUAUGCAGCAAAACCAUAGGAGAGAAAGUGAAGAAAAAAGAACCUGUGGGUGAUGACGAAACACUUCCGGAAACUGUUGAGAAUCUGGAUGAGAUAACGUCAGAUGUCCUUGCUGGGCUUUCAGUAACACAGAUUAAAAAAGUUCGAGUUCUCAUUGAUGAAGGCAUAGCAAAAUGUGACGCAGAACGUCUGUCAUUGGAGUCGCAGAGGUUUGAAUGUCUAAGGGAAAUUGGCAACCUUCUUCACCCUUCUGUUCCUAUCAGCAAUGAUGAGGAUAAUGACAACAAAGUGGAGAGGUUGUGGGGGAACUGUGAAGACCGGAAGAAGUACUGUCAUGUUGACCUUGUUGUGAUGGUUGAUGGUUAUGAAGGCGAGAAAGGAGCUGUGGUGGCGGGCAGCAGAGGGUACUUUCUGAAGGGUCCUCUAGUUUUCCUUGAACAAGCUCUGAUACAGUAUGCCUUGCGCUGUCUCGCGGUGCAAGGUUACACCCCUCUCUAUACGCCAUUCUUCAUGCGGAAAGAGGUGAUGCAGGAAGUGGCACAGCUGAGUCAGUUUGAUGAAGAACUUUAUAAGGUGAUUGGGAAGGGUAGUGAAAAGUCCGAAGACAGUUCUGUUGAUGAGAAGUACCUGAUUGCUACAUCGGAGCAGCCCAUUGCAGCUUUUCACCGAGACGAGUGGAUGAAGGCUGAGGACCUUCCAAUCAAGUAUGCUGGUUUGUCAUCUUGCUUCAGGCAGGAAGUGGGGUCUCAUGGCCGAGAUACACGAGGUAUCUUCCGUGUGCACCAGUUUGAAAAGAUUGAACAGUUUGUCUUUGCUUCUCCUCACAAUAACAAAUCCUGGGAAAUGUUCGAUGAAAUGAUUGAAACAGCAGAAGGCUUUUACAAGUCUCUGGGUAUACCAUAUCGUAUUGUGAAUAUUGUCUCAGGUUCCUUGAAUCAUGCUGCUAGUAAGAAACUUGAUUUGGAAGCUUGGUUUCCUGGAUCUGGUGCAUUCCGGGAAUUAGUAUCCUGUUCUAAUUGCACAGAUUAUCAAGCACGACGGUUACGGAUACGAUAUGGACAAACCAAGAAAAUGAUGGAUAAGGUGGAAUAUGUGCAUAUGUUAAAUGCUACAAUGUGUGCCACAACACGUGCCAUUUGCGCUAUCUUGGAGAAUUACCAAACUGAGGAAGGCAUUAUUGUGCCAGAAAAACUAAGAGACUUUAUGCCUCCGGCCUUGAAGGAAAUUAUCAAGUUCGUAAAGCCUGCACCCAUCGAGCAGGAGGUAUCAAAAAAACACAAGAAGCAACAGGAAGGAUGCAAAAAGAAGCUACAGAAUGAAGGCACUUUAGACACCAAGUUGCACAGCUUGUCAGUGAACAGUGCUUAAUCUAUGCACACUGGGUGUUUAUUGUAAGCAGUGGGAAGUCUAUUGGUAGCAAGAUCCAGGAAUCCAUAAGAGGGGACCUACAUUCCUGGUCUGCAGCAUGUUUUUGUUUCAUUCCUUGAUGCUUCCAGAAGUAAUGAAACAUUGAGAAACUGGAUCUGUGGCCUCUGCUGUCUGUAAUUUGUUAUGUUUAUUUGGGACAUAGGAUUUUAUCUCCUUGAUAAUAAAAAUAUGAAGUAAAUAAAUUAUAAUGCUUGCUGCAGUUUGCAGUACCCUGUA